AUGGCUGAUCAGAGUAACAUCCAGUCUGCUGCUUCCAAAAGCAUCCGGCCGUUCAAGUCCAGCGAGGAAUACCUGUAUGCCAUGAAGGAGGACCUGGCCGAGUGGUUUAACACGCUGUAUGACCUGGAUAUAACGGCGGACACCUUUAUGGAAGGGCUGGAGACUGGCUGUGCCCUCUGUCGGCAUGCCAACAAUGUGAAUCGCGCAGCGCUGGACUUCCAGAUGGAGUACCCGGAGGUUGCACAGUCAUUGAGGAUGCCAACCAAGGAUGUGGUUUUUCAGUCGCGCAACGUGGUCCCUGGGUCGUUUUUGGCUCGGGAUAACGUGUCCAAUUUCAUCAGCUGGUGUCGUCAGGAGCUCUGGAUCAAGGAUGUUCUGAUGUUCGAAACCAACGACAUAGUGGAGAAAUGCAACGAGAAGAACUUUGUGCUGUGCCUGCUGGAGGUGGCGCGGCGCGGGGCCAAGUUCGGCAUGCUGGCCCCGAUGCUGAUCCAGCUGGAGGAGGAGAUCGAGGAGGAGAUCCGGGACCAGGAGAACCAGGGGGAGCCCAGUCCAAGCCUACUUCCAAUAAGCAGGGCUUUCGUUCGCAAGGAGAGUGUAGUUGAUGAACCCGAGCCUGCCCCUUAUGCACAUUGGCAACAGAAACAGAGGGUGCUGUGUGACAUGAGAAACUUAGAUGAGUUGGUGCGGGAGAUCCUGGGCCGCUGCUCCUGCCCCGCCCAGUUCCCAAUGACCAAGGUGUCUGAGGGGAAGUACAAAGUGGGAGACUCCAGCGCUCUGAUUUUCAUACGGGUCCUACGUACUCAUGUGAUGGUGCGUGUGGGCGGGGGAUGGGACACGUUAGAACACUAUCUGGACAAGCAUGACCCCUGCCGCUGUGCCGCCUUCGCUCACCGGUAUCACCAGGCCAAAGCCAGCGGGCAGGGUGCCCACAGCAAGUCCUCCAGCGCCCACUCCUCCCGCUCCACCAGCCCAGGCCCACACUGGCGUAAUGAGGGCAUUGCCCCCUAUAAGCCGCCUGACAGACGUUCCCAGGGCCUGGAGCCUCCGUGUGCACCCUCGUCCACCCGGCCUGGCCACUCCCACCACCCCUCCCUCCCCACGGAGCUCGACUCCAACGCAGGACGCACCCCCCUGCUACCACGACCACCACGGGACCGCUCAGAACCUCGACACUUCAACCCUCUCAGGUCUAAGGACUCGUCAUUGAUGCCAGUGACUCGCCGUCUAUCAGGGGACAGCGACUCCUCUACAGCCUCCUCUAAGGGAGGAGGAGGGGCAGGGGGAGGCCGCUUCUCUCUGGGAGGCACCCGUCGCGCCGGAGAGGAGGUGGUCCUGCUGGUCAACAGGAAGGAGGGGAAGCAUUUGAUCGAAAGGCCUGGAGGAGGAGGAGGUCAGAUCCCAGCCCUGUGCCCCCCAAUGCCCCGCGCACGCAGCCACUCCCGGGAACGCCCUGCCCCUGCUGCCAUCCUCAAACCCAGCCCCCCACAGGGACCCUCUGACGGGCUCAGGACCAGUCGUGGGGACAGAGGCCGCUCUCUGGGGCCCGAAGGCCCCCGCAGGCUCCAGGCCCCGCGUUCCCACAGCCAGGGGAAGAUGCCCAGCCGGAGUCGAACCAACGAUGCCAGCCCUGGAUCUUAUCCCCGUCACGGGGCCUCUCAGCCCCCAUCCUCUGACAGACGAGAGGAGCUGAGGGCCAAACAACUACCCCCUGCCUCCCCCAGAAUCAGUGGAGGUUUCUCCAGGAGACAAUCGUCCUCCUGCUCUAAUUCGCCUAUCAAAGGACUUCAGAGCAGCAGCCCCAGUAAGAAGACUAUGGUGGCUCCCAGGCCCCCUGCUCCACGCUCCCCCUUAGUAGGGAAGAGUAGGCUGCUGCCCCCGGUCUCCCAGGCAGGCCGACGCUCUCCACACUCCACUUCCCCCCGCUCCUCUCACUACCAUGGGCAUGGACCCCGCUCCCCUCGAACCUCCCACGGCCCUCGCUCCAAUGGACAUGGCCACAGGGGGUUGGCCGGCUCUGAGCGACAGGAACCCGAGGAGGAGGGGCUAGGCUAUAAGUUCCAGAUGCUGCCCAAUCUGGACCCCCAGAAGGAGCAGGACCUGUACCGCAGCUUCGAGGCUGAGUUCCUGGCUAACACAGGGCAGGGCAAAGUGGGGCCCAGCAGACCAAAAGGGGGGGGCAGCUUUCAGCUGCCCGCCUCCUCACAUCCACAACAGGGGGUUGGGACCCAAAACCUCCCCACACCUGCCUCUGCUGACCCUAACGUUACUGACUCUGCCUACUCCUCCUCCAACUCCUCCACCUCCUCAAUCAACGUGGGGGGGAAGGUAGAAGCUCUGCCUGACCUCCGGGAGUCCAAGAGAACUAACCCACAUUCCUGUGGAAGACUAGAGAAUACCCUGGCCCCACUGCAUGGCCAUAGCCCGGGCGGAUUAUCUAACGGUGGGCACACAGAACCAGUGCGCUGGAGCGGGCGAGGUGGAGGUCUCAGGAAGCUCCCUGCCAUCUCCAGUUCCAUGGAGGAAGGGGAGCUCCUGUCCUCCUUCCCUAGCCAGAGAGACUCAGAGCUGGGCAUAGCUCUCAGCCAUACCCCCUCACAACUUCCUUUCAACCCCAGGAGCAUGAAUGUGGGCCAUGCCAGUGGUGCUCCAGCAGAGGUGCUGAUGGAGAGCCAGCAGGGUCAGCUGGGCUGGGGCUCAGGGCCUGAGGGAGACGUCCCUCUGGAGGAUCAACAACCAAGCUUCCCCUAUGACCUGGAGGAUGGAGACCCCAACGAUGACCUCCCUCCCCCAGAGUCUUGUCCCUCACCCAUCCCCCUUCCCCCCUCUGAGGACUGCUCCUUCCAGGAAGACUCCUCCAGUGAAAGCUCCUCCAUGUGCUUCAGCCUGAGUGAAUCACGCUCAGAGUCCUCUCCUCCACCUCCCCCGCUAGCCAAUAGGGAUGCUGUUGAUGGUGGUGUGGUCCUCCGGCCGAAGAGGGUAGGUAAGAAGGCUGACAGGAUGCCCUCGAUCUAUAAACUCAAGCUGAGGCCCAGGGUCAGGCCCCGUACAGACAACCGGCCAGAGAACAGCCCAUCACGUAUCCCCACCCCAGUCAGCUACAGAGACCUGCAGGCCAUGGGCAACCUCACCCCUCUCCAUACCCCUACUCCGCCACAGUCCCCUCAGAGCUCACAUUCCAACGGCCACCCAGCCUCACGCAAGGCCCUGCACCAGGCCUUCGGCGACCUAAUCCACCCCCAGUCAUGCUCCACCGCCAUGGGCAGCAGGGACCGCACCUACUCCGUAGAGUCAGGGAGCGGCCUGGACACUGAGGCCUGGAUGUAA